UUGUUUUAUUUGUUUACAUGGUUGUAUAGUAGAUACAUAAUUGCUAUAAAAUUCUAUUUUUUACAGAACUUUUUAAGUCGAAAAUAUAAUUGACCAGAAAUGAAGUUUAAUUAUUUGACCCGCAAUCUUUACUUAACAUCAUUCAGACAAUUUAACUGGAAAUAUCCUUAUCCUAAACAGUUGCAACCAUCUCCACCAGAAAAAGAUGUUAUUGAUCCUGAAAAUACUUUUAAAAUAGAUAAUCCUCUAAGUGAAAAUGACAGAUUUAAUAAUGAGUGCAUUAACAGAAAUCCUCGUAACUUAGAACAAAUGUUGCUAGAGAUCAAACCUAAUGGCUUUCCUCUUGAUGCACCUGAUAGAGUAUUUUGGAAUAAAUUGCAUUUUGAAAGAAGUGGAAAGCAUACUGCUGCAAAAGUUGUUCAUAACAGUGGCCGCACUAUUGUUUCAGCUUCUACACAAGAGUGGGCAAUAAGAAAACACCUUAAAAGCACCAUUGACAAAACUGCAGUGUAUAAUAUUGCUCGCAUUCUAGCUCAGAGGUGCUUAGAAAGUGGAAUAUACUUUGUAAGCAAAGAAUUUAGUGCACAUGAGUUACAAACAAAUAAGGUUCAACUUCUAUUGAAAACAUUAGAAGAAAAUGGACUAAAAACUGAAGAACUUAGUGCAAUUAGACCAAAGGAUGAACAUUAUCUCUGAUUUGCAUUAUGUAAUUUUAGUAACUAUGUAAAUACUGUUUCUUAUAUGUUGCUUAUAUAUAUAAAAUAAAAUAAGAAAUCCA